GAUCAAAUAGCAUAGAAAAAUAGAACAUUCUUUUCUCUAUCAGACUAUAUAAAAAGAAAGUUUCUUUAACCUUUCUAUAAGGGAUAAAAAUACCACUGCCACUACUUUUGGUAUGCCCUAAGUAUUAUUUUAGGUGAACAAUUUGAUGUUCAUACGGGUGGUGUUGAUUUAAAAUUUCCUCAUCAUGACAAUGAAAUAGCUCAAGCGGAAGCCCAUUAUAAUCAUGAUCAAUGGAUUAAUUAUUUUUUACAUAGUGGUCAUCUAACAAUAACUGGAUGUAAAAUGUCAAAAUCAUUAAAAAACUUUGUAACAAUUAAUCAAGCAUUGGAAAUAUAUUCUAGUAGACAAAUACGUUUAUUAUUUUUAUUACAUUCAUGGUCAGGUACUCUAGAUUUUAGUGAUUCUGGAAUGGAUCGUGCAUUAAUAUAUGAAAAACUAUUAAAUGAAUUUUUUCUUAAUGUUAAAACUCACAUUCGAAAUAGAAACUUAAAUGAUAUCAAAUCGUAUACAAAGUUUGAUGAAAAUGAUAGACAGUUAAAUGAAGAAUUUUUAAAUUUGAAACGAGAAAUACACUUAGCACUAAGUGAUUCAAUUGAUACGCCAAAAUCUAUGGAUCACAUUCGAGAAUUGAUUCGUCUCACAAACAUUUAUAUGAAUUCAAUGAAAGUAAUUAAUACAUUAUUAAUUAGAAAUAUAGCAUUGUACAUCACAAGAAUGUUAUCUAUAUUCGGUUUGAUAAAUGAAAAUAAUAGUGGUGAUCAAAUUGGAUUUGGCAAGCCUAUACAGAAUAUAAAUGAAAUAACGACGAUUGAUGUUGAACAAAUUGCAAUGCCAUACGUUGAACAAUUUUCACAUUUUCGUGAUUCGGUUAGAAGACAAGCAAUCUUAUCAAAAAAUAAAGAGAUAUUAACAUUAUGUGAUCAUGUGAGAGAUGUUACAUUACCCGAUUUAGGUGUCAGAUUAGAAGAUGGAGGUGAAAAAACGGCGAUCAAGUUUUGUGAUCCAGAAAUAUUACGAAAAGAACGUGAACAAGCAUUAUUAGUUGAAAAAAGUAAGCAAGCAAAGAAAGAACGAAAAUCAUGA